GAUCCUUAAGCAAACCAUCAACCUCUUGUCAUUAAGCAGUGCACCUAUCAUACUUGAUGCUUGAUUUCAGCUUUCAGAAAUUCAUGACCAGCAAUUUGAUCACAAGAGGGUUCAAGACUAAAGGACCAUCUACAUCGGACUGGUACUGGCGUAACUCGAUUCGCAGUCAUUGUGCAGUCUAUUGGAAAUUGCAACCACCACAAAGCCCUGGAAGCGUUCAGUCAGAAAGCUGGUCUAACGUCUUCGAGUUAAAGACAAUCAAUAUCUAGCAAUCACAAUCAAGCACCUUCAUCCGCUCACAUUCUCUCUCGCUUAGGAUCAAGAAACAUUUCAGAAAACACAUAUCCAUUUCACCAUCCGACCUUCAAUUUGGCACCUUGACCACCCUUCAUUCAGCUCUAAUUGACCUCGACGACGCAUCGGUGUACUUCACAUCGACAUCAUGAAUCCCGCACCUUCUCAAGACGACCUCAAAACCUCAUCAAAGCAGACUGAGCCAUCAACAACUGACCACGAGGCUCCUGCAAAUACUUCAAGCCCCGAUAUUGAUCUCACACUAGGUCAUGAACCCGAAGAAGCUCGCCCGUUGAAUCCAUCUGAUCCGACAUCCAUUGAACGCUUUUAUCGUACAUGUCUCAAUCAAGCCCGCAUUCAGCUAUUCGUCUCCUCAGCAGUCAUAUUACUCAUAGUCCAACUCAAAGUAAACUUCUUCCUGAUCCUAAUCGUACUCUGGAUUGCCUCGUUUCAGUUGAGUCAUACCCUGAAAUCUCACAAAGAAGAUUUUGCAUAUGUCUUUGAGCGAGAAAAAUCGAAAGCGCUCCUUACAGAUCCUUCGAAUCCCAACCCAGGGGAAGAAAGUGUCGAAUGGAUCAAUAGCGCCUUGGCGAGCCUCUGGCCAUUGAUAUCACCAGACAUCUUCCGACCCGUCAUUGAUCUGCUUGAAGACACUCUGAAGGUACUCGCGCCAGGAAUCGUGACGACGGUGCGGGUAGAUGAAUUGGAUCAAGGCCGCAAUUCGAUCAGGUUGGUCGCCUUCAAGACUCUCGAUGCCGAAGACCCUUGGGUAAAAAAUCAAAUCAAGGUAUCAGACUUACCGGGUGAAUUUAUUAACCUCGAAGUAGAGUUUACGUAUCGAAGGAAACAUGAUUCAGCAGAACCAGCUAGCAGUGCCCACUUUGUGGCAUACUUUGGUAUUGGUGUUCAGAAGAUUGCCAGUUGCGAAAUGCCCGUAUUUGUCCAGAUUGACGGUCUUCAUGGAAAGAUCAAACUAAGAGUUCAGUUGAUAGCCGUCCCACCAUUUGUUCAGAUGACUACCUUCUCGUUCUCUCAUUUACCUCAAGUCGAGAUCACAGCCAAACCGAUGCAUGGAUUCAAUGUCAUGUCCUUACCAGUGAUAUCACAUUUCAUCCGGGCCAGUGUUGAUGUUCUUUUGGGCCAGUUUUGUUUACCAUCAUCAUACACCCUUGAUCUGUCUCGCAUACUUUUGGGAAAUGACGCUUUGAUGAGACCACGCCAUGUCGGUGUGAUAGCAAUUGCUUUACACUCCGCCAGUAAUCUCAAAGUAUCUGAUAUAUUGAACCACACGUCCGAUCCAUAUGUGUCCAUCUCCUUCAUGAAGUCCGCUUCGAAACCCCUCUUUUCGACUCUUAUACAUUUCAGAACACUUGAUCCAAUAUUCGAAGAGAUGGCUUUUGUCCUCAUCACCCCUGAUCAGCUAUUAGAAAAAGAGAGACUAUGUCUUACAGUAUGUCAUAGUGACAGGAUAUCUUCAGAUAACGUUCUUGGCAAAGUUGAGGUCGAUUUACAAACAGCAGUGCAAAGCCGAGGCUCAAUGACAACACACAACAGUGAGCUGACAGCCAGACUUCCUGGUUACACUGUUCAAGGUUCACUUUCUUGGAGUGUGGGUUACUUUGGGUUUCACGAGGAUUCUAUACCAAAAGAUCUCCCUACCGUCACUUCCGAUCCGGGACUAUUGCUGAAUGCAAUGGACGCCGAGUCCAGUGCUGACGAUUCAGAGCUAAAUUCAGGCGUAGAACACUUUGUCGAAGAUUUCGAUCGGACCCGAGUAGACCUUGUCGUCAUGGAAGUACGCGCAAGGGAGCAUGAUUCAAUUGUCGGAAUAGUGUCUGUUCCCUUGAACAAAUUCCUGAGUCAACAGCAUCAAUUGACGAAGUGGUGGACACUCACAGGAGGAAAUGGGUCAGGUAAAAUGCGGGCGUCUGUGCUUUUCCAGCCAGUAGAUAUCAAGUUAGAAAGACCACUUUGCGGUUGGUCAAUAGGUGUGAUAGAGAUUUUCAAAAUCUCAAUUGUAGGACCCCUCUUAGAAGCAGAAAAUUUCUACGUGAAGAUGACGAUCGACUCACAAAGUAACCAGUGCUCCAAGCCGACAGACGAAGCUUCUGUCACUCGUCAAGGACAAUCGGCCGAAGUGCAAUGGGUUUUUAAACCGAGGAUGAAACUUCCAGUCACGGGCAAUUUAUUUGUCGCAUUCAGAAAUAGAAUGCAGACCACUCUCACCCUUCAAUUGAUGAAACCAUCCACAGGAAAAUUGGCACUCAGGGAUCACGCAGUAUCCAAGCCUAUUCAUGUGUGGCUUUCAGAUGUGCUACACGACGACAUGGUUUGCUUGGAUGUCGAAAUAUCAAAAACCAGCGAUACCAUCACAGAAAAACUCAUAUCAUUACCUAGGGUUCACAGCGAUCAGCAGACCCGCCGAAAAGUGGAAUUACCUCAGGCAUUCAGUACACUGUCAAAUGAUUCGGAUUCAGUUUUAGGGUCGAUGAGUAAGCAGACUCACAGCACCGAAGUUGAUGGUGAUCGUAGAAGCGUCAAGAGCUCUCUGCUGCCCUCUAUUCCUCAACAACUGCAAGAGCACGAGAACGAUACCCAAAGAAAUCUUGAUGAGAUUAGCAUGACCGGCUCACAAUCAUCUCGAAUGCAUAUCGCGUUUCGUUUCGUUCCAGGUAUUUCUAAAGCUCAUCGGGCUUUGGGUAGCUCAGAUCCUGGCCUCAUGGAAGUCUAUCAGACCUGUCAACGCACAAUUUCAAGUGGAGAUCGCAUGCGUCAUCCCAUCAUUGUCGACACAUAUGAUGUAGAACAAACCAAUGAUGGACCCGUAACUCCGGAGGCUCCUCAACUUUCAGAUGACUCAAUUAUCACUGACACAAAUUCUUCCAACUCUGGAUCACCUCAGAUCGGCCCAGAAACUCCGUCGAAUCCCAACAAUGGCAAAGACACUCCAUCGACACAUGACUUGGCGAAUGACUUGUUGCGUGACCAUCGUUUAAAGAUCUUGGAUGUCGAUGAGGCGGCUGAGAACUGGACAGAUGAUGAGACAAGUAGUGGUGACGAUCUUGAUGAAGAAACUUCAACUCACACCAGUGGAAUCAGCCCUAAGCUUUUGCGAUUGAAAAGGAAAACAUUAGAGUUGAAAGAAUCUCUCCUCCCGAAAACACUGGCGAAUAAAUUUUCUCCUCCCCGUGAUCCUACUUCAACAGACGUCAUUCUCAGACGAAGAAAGGAAUUGAAAGGUGAAUCAAAGGAGGUCUAUGGCCUUGGACCCUCUAGAAUCAAAGCUGUACGGACCGUCAAAUGGGCCAGGGACAGCGCGAAAGUGGGACUACAAAAAAUGAAAGAUCAAGCUAGUCAUCGAACUCCCAAACAUGGUCUGCAAAAAGAAGCAAUAUCAUCAUUUUGAAGGAUAUCGGUCAAUUAUACACAACAUGAUUUUCAAAGAUCAGGUCAAGUGCAAUAUCAUCUUUCAAAGUUGCUUACCUUUACCCUCUACCCACUUUGCAAUCAUUGUACCCCAAACUGUACUAUAUCGCUAGCCCGUAUGAUAAUAUCUUCGACUGACCCUCAUUGCGAUAAUGUCGUUUUGCAUUUAUGUAUGUACAUACAAAAAUCUCAUAGACUGUAUGUACAUGUACACUGAAGUUGGAACCUCGAAUGUUCAUAUGUAGAACUAGCAUAGGAAACUUCAAAACCCUAUGAUACCACAUCAGUUUUCUUUUUUGAUCUUAAUACCUUUUUCUUGUUGACCUAUUAUCAAUUCCCCAAAAAUGCAAAUGUUAUUAUUUUCACUUACUCUAC